CUUGGUUUGAGUUAUUUACCCUGUGUGACACCAAUACUGGCCCGUGGACGGCCUCUGGUUUCUUUCUGUCUUGUAUCGUGUCUGGCAUUUCCCCCGGUUUCCCUUCGCCCAUGUCUUCGCCGAAUGAUGUGGCUCGACUGGCCUGGAAUGUUUCCAGGCGCCCUGCCACCUCAAUAAUGGUAAACUGCAGGUGUCUUUCAUUCGGACCAUUCAUAUCAAGUGCCAUUCACGCUCCUUGCCUCUGCCUCAUCCUGGUUGGUUAUGUCAUUGUAUUUUUGCUUUUGGCAAUUAAUCAGUCCUUGGUAUCUGCAGGGUUGACCCCGGUGUGUUUGCAUCCAGCCCUGGUAUUUCCAGUGGUCUUCUCUAGUCUUUCAGUGGUCUUCCCAGCAGUGGGUCGUCCAGCAUUAUCAUCCCGAGGAAUUCCUCGAAUCACAGAAACACCACCAGAUCCCCAGUGAAUUGUUCACCUUCCCUGAUUGCUCGAUUCGUUUUGGGAUAUGACCCGAAGAAUGCCACGCAACAAGUGUGGCUGCACCGAGGAUCGCCGC